AUGUACAUACAACAUUUAAAUAAAAGAUCAAGGAUAGUAGGCGAAGAUAACAAAGAUGAAAUAUUUUCGGAUAUAUUUAUUAACAAGUCACCUGUACCAAUAUGCCUGAUAAGUAUUGCGUAUCUAUUAUUCGUUUUGAAAAUUGGUCCUGCGUUCAUGCGAAAACGUUCCCCAUUCAAUGUAAGAAAACUAGUUAUAGCUUACAAUAUUUUGCAAAUUCUACUUAAUGGAUUAACAGUUAUAGUGGCGGGUUAUAUUCAAAUGAAAAAGCCAUACGAUUGGCGUUGCAUCAGACCAUUGCCCAUGAAUCAUGCUCUGAAACGGAUGGAACUGUACCUAAUGAUUGGUUAUUACUUUUUAAAAGUAUUAGAUUUUGCAGAUACAAUAUUUUUCGUGUUGCGGAAAAGCUUUCGACAAAUAUCUUUCCUGCACGUUUAUCAUCAUGCUAUAAUGGUGAUAUCUGGUUGGCUGUAUGUGGCUAAGUAUGGCGAAAUGAGUCAAAUACUAUUUGUUGCAAUACUGAACGCUUUUUAUAUGACAUAA